GCCUGAUGAUAAAUUCAAAUUCACCAAAAAACAAAAUUCACAUACAUACACAUACACAGACAGAAAAUACAUACAACGUGAUGUCUACUUGCAGCAUGUUGCAACGUGGGAGGUGUUGCUGAUGAAGAUGCUUGAGGAGGAGCACACCAAAGAACAAAAACAACAAGAAGACAUUGACAUCGACUCUCACACACACACACACACACACACACAUACUGAAUUUUAUAUGUGCGUAAGUAAGUAGAUAGCCCCCGCCGCCCUUCCCCAUCCAUCUGUCAAGAGGCACAAGCCAAAAAAAAAAAAAAAAAAAGACAAAGAAUAAACGGACAGAUAUGGCGCAAUUGUGGGAGAAAUUGCGCAGCCGUUUGGAAACCAAGAGACUGCCCGAAGAUGUCGAUGAUGGUUUAGAGACACUGGAGCAAUACCAUCUAAGAUGGCGCUCGGUUCGUAUUAUAUAUUUCACCAUGUUCCUUAUGGCCUUGGGAUUUAGCAUAAUACUCACUGGACUAUGGCCGUAUCUCAAUAAGUUAGAUCCCACAGCGGGAAAAGAGUUUAUGGGUCUGAUUGUGGCCGCCAAUCCAUUGGGCCAAAUGAUAUUUAGUCCCAUAUUUGGCUGGUGGGGCAAUAAACUGGGCACAAUACGUCUGCCAUUGCUUAUAUCGUUGGCCCUGUUCACUUUGGCCAGUGGCAUAUACUCAUCACUGGAGCUACGCCCGGACAAUGUGAAGUAUUGGAUGUGGGCAUCACGUUUUCUAAUUGGUGUCAGCUCAGCGAACAUUGCCCUCUGCCGUUCAUAUCUAUCGGCUGCAACACGUCUGACUGAGCGCACACAUGCCGUGUCCAUGGUGUCGCUGGCCCAAGUGUUGGGCUUCAUCAUUGGACCCGGUCUGCAGGCAGCUGUCACGCCGCUUGGACCCGAUGGACACAUCUGGCUGUGGGGUGCCAUGCAUUUCAAUAUGUACACGGCCGGCGGUUGGAUCAAUGUCCUGAUGAGCUUGUGCAAUUUCAUAAUGUUUAUGCCAGGCAUCUUUGAGGAGCACAAAAUUGCUGCCCGUGAAGUUAUGGUCAUGCAGGGUGGCACAUCCGAAAAGGAAACCUGGAAGGGCAUUAAACCCAAUUAUUUAUCAGCUUGGACAUUGAUUGUGGCCUUUUUUGUAUUGGUUUUCAAUUUUGUCCUACUGGAAACAUUGGGAACUUCAUUGACAAUGGAUAUGUUUGCCUGGUCCAAUGAGGAGGCUCUUUGGUAUAUGGGUUUAAUGAUGACCACCGCGGCAAUUGUUUCACUUGUGACAUUUGUGCUAAUUGAACCGCUAUGUAAAAUAUUUGAGGAACGUUUUGUCCUCAUCUGGGGUGGCUUCUCGUUAAUGUUUUUGGGACGUGCCGUCUUCAUACCCUGGGGACCGGAUCCACCCAAAUUGGCGCUAACCUAUAAUGCAAGUGCAGCAGUCAAUUGGACAGAAAACGAUCCCAGAUUUCUGGGUUGUCCACAGGAGACACAGGAAUGGUGUAGCCAGCUGCCAGCACUGACCUUAACCCAAUUCAUAAUUGGCUUCGCUUUGACCUCGGUGGGCUAUCCCAUUGGUGUGACAUUGAUACAAACGAUAUUCUCCAAAGUCCUGGGACCCAGGCCACAAGGCGUUUGGAUGGGCUGGAUGACUGGUUCCGGUUGCUUUUCCCGUUUCAUGGGUCCCGUAUUUAUGGGCUUUUUCUAUACCAGAUUGGGCACAUAUUGGACAUUCGGUGUGACAUCCAUGAUGAUGCUCAUAUCAAUGAUAUGGUUACUCUGCAGCAAUCGCCUGCUAAUCCCUGCAUCAUUUGAUAAGCCAAAUCCCGUAGAGCUACAGGAACUAAAUAAGGAUGGCUCACAAUUGCUUAUACCAUCAACCACCAAAGGGACAAAGAGCAUAAGCAUUGUGCCCGCCAGCAGCAGCGGCUCAUCAUAGCAUUAGGACUCGAGUUCAUUUCCCUUAUGUACUUACAUAUAAACUGCCUUAAAAAAAACCUUGUGAAGAGACUUUAAUAUAGACUUUAGCUUUUACUCUA